AUGGCCGAUGCUGUAAAUUCAACAUGGGAAUUAAGUCAUUGGGAGCAGAAAUCCCUGAAGAACGGAUAUCUUCCCAAGGAGGACCCCGAAUGUAAGGGGAGCAGCAGCAGCAAAUAUUGUUAUUCAAACUUACUAAAGAAAGGCGAGUCCUCCUGGGGACAGUUGAGUGGAUGGAUGAACAGCAAAUUGUUAACCUCAAAUUCUGAUCUAUGGGGGAAUAAGUUUAAUCCUGGAGCAGGGACAAAACUGAAGGCUGCUGAUGGGAAGUCAUGGGAUUGGGGAGGAAUUGUGCAUAAAGUCAUGCAGAAGAUACAGGAUAAUCUCCUAGUAAGAAACGAAGACCCAAAAGGUAGCAGAUUAUGGGGCAAACAGGACUGGUAUGAAGUAUUAGGGACGGAACACAAUCAAAAUAGCAGGUGGGAUAAGAGUCAAAGGGCCAGACAAGUUUUAAUGGUGAUAGUCUGCAUAAUCACAGGGUUAACACAUUCAGAUACCACUGCAGGAUUAAGAUACCCAAGGCGGGAAGAAUUGUGUGAACGAGUCGAUAGAGGUCUGAUGGUUAGAGAAGAACAUUGGGACCGAUGGAAAAGUUCAGGGGGGAAAGUGAGCGAGGGAAGGAAGUGUGAGAGUAAGGGGGAGGGGCAUUAUGAGAAUUGUGAAGAUGCAAGUUUGAGUUUAAUAGCCACAGUAUAUGAUGGUCUAUCACAAUUAUGUACGGAUUGUGGACCCUACAGUAUGAACCAAUGGAUUGAACUAUCAAAGGAUCCUCCCCGUAGAGGAGGUCGGAGGUAUUGUAAACUGACGCAAGGGAUAUUAGAGUGUGAGAAGGAACGGAAGGAGGGGGUGAGUGAACCUGUCUUAUGGAUAGACCCCUUAGGAGCAUUAGCCGAAGGCGCAAAGAUAAAAGCAGAUGUCGGGCGGGAACGAGCCCAACUGGAUAGUCGUAGUGAAGACUCAAGCGUUAAGCAAGGGGCACCGAUGUUAGAUGGAAAGUGUACCAACAACCACUUAUUAGGGUGUAAACCAUCUGACAACGGGCACGCGAGUUCUAAGGCACAGAAGUAUACGAGUCAUCGCUCAACAGACAAUGAAGGGUCUAGAGGUCAAGUAUCCGUAGAGCCAAAAUCAAGCCCAAACGGCGCCGCAAAAGGGGCAACUCAGAGCGAGAGGGUUCCUUCUGCAGAUCUUUCUGGGAGACAGACCAAGGCCGUAUCAGUAGAAUUAUCAAGAAAGAAGGAUGGAUCCAGGGAAAGUGCAACCUCCAACAAGGAUACCCACUUGACCAUAUCGAAUCCCGCCUCUGACCUGAGUCCCCAGGCCGAGGAACGUGGCCUUACCAUUCCAGGAGGUCUGGGAACCCUUAUAGGAGGUAUAUUGAGCAUUCUAUUACUUGGGGGAGCUGCGGCAUAUGGCAUAUUCAGGAUUUGGGGCAGACCAAGGCGUAAGGACAAGAGAAAAGAGGCCUUCGGAAGGAAGGACAAAGUGUGUUAUGGUAUGGGCGGCGCCGCAGGGGAAGGAAGGAUCAAUAUCUCAGUCAUUCCUUUUCCGGCCUAG